AUGGCAGCUUUACUGGUCUGGCUGCUAGUGCUGCUCCCUCAUGUGGGAUGCAAAACUCACAGGUGCAGCAUCCUUCAUCCAUAUCCUCCAUAUCACAAGUAUCAUCAGCAAGGAGAUCUUAUGGUGGGAGGCAUUCCUUCUCAAAUUGCUCCGGUCUCGGAUGAAGUUACUUUUGAAGAACACCCCCCUCCAAUAUUAACUGAACAACAUGUUGGCAUUCCUAAGAAUUACCAGCACAUCCUGGCUUUGGCAUUUGCAGUAAAGGAAAUCAAUGAAAACCCACAAAUCCUACCCAAUCUCACCUUGGGCUUCAAUAUUUAUGAUAGCUACAACAAUGCUAGAAGUACCUAUCAGGCCACCAUGCUACUUCUAUCAGCAACUGAGAGACUGGUUCCCAACUAUCUAUGUAACAUCCAGAGUAAUCUGAUAGCUCUUUUUGGAGGAGUGGAUGCCCAAAUCUCUUUUCCUGUGGCAACUAUCUUGGAUAUCUAUAAGAUUCCACAGCUUAUUUGUGGCUCUGCUCCAAUAAUGAAUGAUAAAACCCCAGGCCUUUCAUUUUAUCAGAUGGUUCCGCCAGAACCCCUUCAGCAAAACGGGAUUGUCUCUCUGCUCCUACAUUUUAAUUGGACAUGGAUUGGAAUCCUUAUUAUGGAUAAUGAGCUGGGAGAAAAAUUUAUAGAAACAGUGAUUCCUCUUUUUUCCAAAAAAGGGGUUUGUGUUUCUUUCGUUCAACGAUUUCACAAAUUAACUGAUUUCAAUAGACUUGAUGGCAUGCUUCAACAGGGGGCAAAAGUCUAUGAUUAUGUCAUGGGUGGUAAAGCUAAUGUAUUGGUAUUCAAUGGAGAAUCCUUUACUAUGGGCUAUUUUCUAUGGCUACAAUAUAUUCCAAAUAUAGAGGAGGUGAGAAGUAAACCAAAAGGUAUUGUGUGCAUAAUGACUGCACAGAUGGAAUUCAAUAUAAUCCCUUUUCAACGUGCUUGGAGUAUCAAAAUAAUUGAUGGUGCCCUUUCCUUCACAGUUCAUUCCCCUGCUCUACCAGAGUUCAAAUCAUUUGCUGAGAUACAAAACCCCUUCAGCGCAAAGGAAGAUGGAUUUAUCAAACAGUUCUGGCAAGAAGCCUUUGACUGUGUAUUCCCACAUACAAUUUUGAGUUACGAGCAUGAGAAAAUUUGCAAUGGAAAAGAAAAUUUGGAGAGUCUUCCUGGAACCUUUUUUGAAAUGGACAUGACUGGCCACAGCUACAGUGUUUACAAUGCUAUUUAUGCCAUAGCUAAUGCUUUACAUGCUCUGUUUUCUUCUAGAAAUGCUGACAGGUCAGUGAUGAAUAGAAUAGGAAGGAAAAUUCAUAAUCAAGAUGUCUGGCAGCUCCACUACUUUCUGAGAAGUGUUGCUUUUAACAAUAGUGCUGGGGAACAGAUUUUAUUUGACCAGAAUGGAAUUUUGGCAAUUGGAUUUGAUAUUCUCAACUUGAUUGCUUUCCCAAACAAAUCUUUUCUUCAUGUGAAAGUUGGAAGUGUGGAUCAUUCAGCUCCCCCAGAUAAAAUAUUAACCAUCAGUGAUGAGAUGAUUACAUGGCACAGCUGUUUUAACCAGGUCCAACCUAUUUCUGUCUGCAGUGAGAGUUGUAAUCCUGGUUUCAGCAAGCAGGUGAAGGAAGGGGAGCUGUUUUGUUGCUAUGAUUGCAUUCCAUGCCCAAAAGGGAGAAUUUCAACUGAGAAAGACAAAAAUGAAUGUACUAGAUGCAAAGACAAAUACUAUCCAAACAAAAAACAUGAUUUUUGUAUUCCCAAAACUAUUAAUUUCUUGACUUAUGAAGAACCUUUAGGGAUCAGUUUAGCUUGUAUUGCUCUUUCUUUUUCUUUAUCCACUGUUCUUGUACUUGGAGCAUUUAUGAGGUACCACAACACUCCCAUUGUCAUAGCCAACAACCGCGACCUAACCUAUACACUCCUCAUCGCUCUGCUGCUCUGUUUCCUUUCAGCAUUGCUCUUCAUUGGCCAACCAAGAAAAUUAAGUUGUCUUCUCAGACAAAAAAUGUUUGGAAUGGUUUUUUCGAUGGCUGUUUCUUCUAUCUUGGCAAAGACCAUCACAGUAGUUCUGGCUUUUAUGGCCACCAAACCAGGAUCCAGAAUGAGAAAAUGGGUGGGGAAAAAAUUGACUAAUUCCAUUGUUAUUUCCUGUUCCCUGAUCCAAGCAGGCAUUUGUACUCUUUGGCUAUCAAUGAACCCUCCAUUCCCAGAUGUUGAUUUGAUCUCAGUGUCUGAAGAAAUUAUCCUGCAAUGUAAUGAAGGUUCUGUGACCAUGUUUUAUUGUGUCCUUGGCUAUAUGGGUUUCCUGGCUCUUAUUAGCUUCAUCACAGCUUUUCUUGCCAGGAAAUUACCUGACACUUUCAAUGAAGCCAAGUUCAUCACCUUCAGCAUGUUGAUCUUUUGCAGUGUUUGGUUGUCCUUUGUCCCAGCAUACCUAAGUUCCAAAGGGAAAUACAUAGUGGCUGUGGAGAUCUUUUCUAUCUUUGCUUCGGGUGCUGGACUUCUGGGAUGCAUCUUUUUCCCCAAAUGUUAUAUCAUUGUGUUUCGGCCAGACCUGAACAACAAGGAACAACUAAUGAGAAGAAAAGAGUGA